AUUCUCGUCUGUUGAUUAAAUUUUGGAAAAACAAAUUAAUCACACUCAAGUGUUACACCAAUCAAAUAAAUACGAGAUAUAUUUUUAUAAUUUAAUUAUGAUUAAGUUAUACUACUUUUAUAAGUAACUUUUGUGUUUAAAUUAAAAUUAUUUAAAGAUAUAAACAUGAUGGAAUGCAUAUAUAGACACUUAAAUUUAACAUUUAUAAUGGAUCAAACACUAUAACUUUUAAAAGGAUUAUUAUCUAGAUCCCACAACUCAUUUUUAUAAUGUGAGUUGAAAUAAUAAUACCUUCAAAAUUUAUGUAUCACGUAAGUAUCAAGUGUCUACUAGACAUAAUGGUGAUAAGUUGAGGUAUCCAGAUAUGCAUUUUUAAAAUUGAAACAAUUAGUUGCCAAUUGAGAAAAUUAAGAUGUCUAAAUAUAUAUUCUCAAAAGUUAGAGUGCUUAGUUGUCAAUUGAAAAACUUAAGGUGUCUAUCCAUAUAUUAUAGCGGCGAAUUACCUUCCAACUGUUAAAUUUCCACCGGAAAAUGUCUCUAAUUCAUCCAAAACCACCGUGUCACCGCCAUUCGCCGCCCUAUCGCCACCACAAACUCACCGUCCCGUGCCACGUCACCAAACCAAUAAAAUCAUCAUCCACACGCGCCACCUUAACAAUAAAAUCAUCAUCCACUUUAUCCACACGCGCCGACUUAACUUUAUCCGCACGCGCCGCCGCCACGAACUCCGGCAACAAAUUGAUAUCUCCGUUGACCUCUUUGACUCCACUUAAACCAUAUCUCCUCUCAGAAUGGCAACCAAUUCUAUACGGAUGGCUAUGUAGUGCAAUUUCCGUUUACUCUCUCAGUAAAAUUGUUCCUAAAUUGGGAAAAUUCUCGUCUCUAAUGAAUCCUUUGGAUAUUGUGAAGCUCAGACAAGAGUGUUUGGUUUUAGGAGGUUUGUUUUUCGUUCGACUCGUUGGGAAUUAUCUGCAGCAAGUGUUUCUAUGGGAAGCUGCGUUGAAUUGUGUCUACAAGAUGAGGGUUCGUGUUUUCCGUAAGGUUCUGCAGAGAGAUUUAGGGUAUUUUGAGGGAGAAAGUGGGAUCGCUGCUGGAGAUGUUGCGUAUAGGAUUACUGCUGAAGCUUCUGAUGUUGCUGAUACUGUUUAUUCUCUCUUGAAUACGAUUGUACCAAGUAGUCUUCAAUUAUCAGCAAUGGCAAUUCAGAUGUUGGUCAUCAACCCUGUUCUAUCAUUACUUUCCGCCUUGGUGAUUCCAUUGAUGGGUUUUGUGAUUGGUUACUUGGGUGAAAAACUUCGUGAUGUAUCGAACGAGGCACAUCUUGCUGUCGCUUCUCUCUCUUCCUAUCUGAACGAGAUCCUCCCGUCAAUUCUUUUUGUGAAGGUAAACAAUGCCGAGUCCUGUGAAAGCAAGAAGUUCCAGUCACUUGCUUUUGCUGACCUAUCUGCGACUAUGGGAAAGAAGAAGUUGAAGGCUUUUAUUCCUCAGUUGAUUCAGGCAUUAUAUUUUGGUGUCUUAUUCACAUUUAGCGCUGGCACGCUGCUAUUUUCAAAAGGUUCAUUUGAUGGCUCUGCCAUGGUUUCUUUUGUAACGUCCCUGGUUCUGUUGAUCUCCCCUAUCCAGCUAGACUUCUCUCAUGCUGCUUCAUGUUGUUAUAAUGGCUCAGCAUGUGGAGCAAUCUUAGCUUUCAAUCUGAAUCUAAGAGUUGCGCAGGAUGUGGGAAAAGCAUACAACGAAUUAAAACAAGGAGAGCCAGCAAUUCAGCGCUUAUUUAAUUUGACAAGGUUUGAACCUGAGGAAAUUGUGAACCCAGAUGCUGUUGACUUAGAUUGUGUUGCUGGAGAAGUAAAAUUCUCUAAUGUCUCUUUUAGAUAUGGAGACAAUGGACCUCUUGUAUUGAAAAACAUGGACAUGCAUAUUAAAUCGGGAGAAAUAGUUGCCCUGUGUGGACCAUCAGGAGGAGGGAAAACGACUCUUGUAAAACUCCUCCUUCGCUUAUAUGAUCCUUUACAAGGCUCCAUUCUGAUUGAUGGUUUGGAUAUUAGAGGCAUACGAAUCGAGAGUUUGAGGAGAAAUAUUGGUCUGGUCUCUCAAGAUACAACAUUAUUUUCUGGAACUGUUGCCGAGAACAUUGGAUAUCGGGAUCGAAUGACUGGUAUUGAUAUGGAGAGAGUGAAGCUUGCUGCGAGAACUGCAAGUGCAGAAGAAUUUAUUGAAGCGCUUCCUCUUAGUUAUGAGACAAAUGUUGGACCUAGGGGCUCGAUUUUCAGUGGAGGGCAGAAGCAAAGAAUAGCUAUUGCUCGGGCACUCUAUCAGAAUCCGUCUAUUCUGAUUUUGGAUGAAGCUACUUCAGCAUUAGACAGCAAGUCCGAGCUGUUGGUGAGACAAGCUCUGCAGCGCCUGAUGCAAAAUCGUACUGUACUAGUAAUUGCGCACCGCUUGGAAACGGUUCUAAUGGCUGAACGAGUUUUCCUUUUACAGGAUGGCUACUUGCGGGAGGUUCCUCGCUCCUCUCUUUUGGAUGGUCAAAAAAUAUGA